UGAGAUGUCUCUGUCAGACGGAGCCUCGGAUGACGACCUGCCGUUAACGUUACCCACAGACGGCAGUCACAGCGGGAGCAUCCGAAAGGGAUGCGACCCUUUCGCUCAGACUCAGCGCAGUAAACUACAGCACCGACGAGCUCGCAUCAACCAGCAGAUCAACAAAGAGAUGCGCAUGAGAGCCGGGGCAGAGAACCUGUUCAGAGCAACAAGCAACAACAAGGUGAAGGAGACGGUCGCUCUGGAGCUCAGCUUUGUCAACUCCAACCUGCAGCUGCUAAAAGAGGAGCUGGAGGAGCUCAACAGCAACAUGGAGGUCUACCAGACAGACAGUGAGGCUAUCAACGUUCCCAUGAUCCCACUCGGAUUAAAAGAAACCAAAGAGGUGGACUUCACCCUUUCUGUCCAGGACUUCAUCUGUGAGCACUACGGCGAGGACAGCUCGCUCUAUGACAAGGAAGUCAAAGAGCUUAUGGAGCUCAGACAGGCCAUGCGUACACCCAGUCGUAACCAGGCCGGCCUGGAGCUGCUGAUGGAGUACUACAACCAGCUGUACUACCUGGACCAGCGCUUCUUCCCCCUUCACAGGAACCUGGGUGUGCACUUCCAUUGGUACGAUUCUCUGACAGGCGUCCCGUCGUGUCAGCGUACGCUGGCCUUCGAGAAAGGCAGCGUGUUGUUCAACAUCGGUGCUCUGUACACACAGAUCGGGGCACGGCAGGACCGCUCUGCAACAGCUGGCAUAGACAAAGCUAUCGAUGCCUUUCAGAGGGCUGCAGGUGCAUUCAAUUACCUUAAAGAGAACUUCUCCAACGCUCCCAGUCUGGACAUGAGCUGCCCGUCGCUCUGCAUGCUGGUCCGGCUCAUGGUCGCUCAGGUGCAGGAGUGUGUGUUUGAGCGCAUCACACUCACCACACGGGACACACACUUCACCUCCCAGCUCCGCCUGGCACAAGAGGCUGCGCGGGUGUCAGACGUCUACCUGUUAGUGCAGCAGACCAUGACGCAGCCUCUGAUGAAGGACUAUGUCCCCUUCUCGUGGGCGUCCAUGGUUCAGGUCAAAUCAGAACACUUCCGAGCCCUCUCACAUUACCACGCUGCUGUAGCACUCUGCGAGCACACAUUGUCUGCAGAGGACGGCAGUGAUGAAGAAGCAGAGAAGGCUUUCCUCCAGUUCUACGUCAACGUUCCUGCAGAACCGACACUCAUCCAGGUUUUACAGGAUCCUGAAAAAAGCAGAAAGCUUGGUAAAGCUCACCUGCGGCGUGCGGUCAUCAGACACGAGGAGGCCAUGCGUGUCCACAGUCUAUGUAAGAUCCUGAGGAAGAUGGACAUCCUGCAGGACGUGCUCUGUCUCACACACAAACGCUCUUUGGACAAAUACUCCGAGCUGGACAGGGAGGACGACUUUGACGAAACCGCAGAGGCUCCAGAGAUACAGUCUCAAACACACCAGAAACCAGACAUCACUCCCCCCAACUUCUCCACAGUCCAAGUUUCUGAUAUCUUCCAAAGGCUGGGGCCUCUGUCAGUGUUUUGUGCACGAGCUCGUUGGGGUCCAGUGCGUGUGAUCUGCCUGCAGCGGGGAGAGGGAGGACUGGGUCUGACGCUCAGAGGAGACUCCCCUGUCCUGGUGGCUGGAGUGGUGCCUGGCGGCUGUGCAGCAGAGGCUGGACUGAGGGAGGGAGACUACAUCGUAGCAGUAGACGGGGAGGACUGUAAAUGGUCCAAACACGGCGAGGUGGUCCAAAUGCUGAAGAGCUGUACUGACAGAGGAGUGGAGCUCAGCGUGAUCACACUACACUCACAUGACACACAGCAGGUGGACAAGAGGACCAUUAUGCUCUCCCUCGGCAGUGAUAAAGAAAACACACGGCAGCAGCGUCUGCUCGGAGCAGCUAAGGGCCAGAGCUCCGCCUCCUUGUUGAACUGGAACAGGAAGAAGAAGAGGGAAGGUAGCGGGCUCACAAGGAGAUUAGGAAGCACUUUUAGUUUGUCCUUUGGAAGCCUGAGAGACACUGAGGCCAUGUACUGAGAGCAGACUGCACAGGAGCCACUCAGGGAAUCACAGCGGGGGAGCAUGAGGUACGGCAAGGUCUGCAUUCAGACUGAGACACACCAGCAGAGGGCGCUGCUGCAGAGAGAAAAGCACAACAAUGUACCCGACUUCUUUUCUUUGACUGCAGCAGAGACCGAUACAUCUGGUAACUUUGUGUCCAAAAGAACUACAUUUAAGUGUGGCUCUCAAAGCUGAAAGAGGAGCUUCAUGUUUGAAUAAUCAAGCCUCAAAGGAGCAGCUGAACCACUCUGCCUUGGAGUCUAAAGGUGUGUUGAGACUCGAUGUAGAGACUUGAGUUGGUGUGAAGGUGCGAGGCAAACUGGGUUGAAAGUGUUGAACAUGAGGUCUUUGGUUUAUUUUUGUACCAGCGUCUGAUUUAAAAAGUAUUUUCAUCACACUAGCCAACAGACUCGAGUGUCGCUGCCCUCAGCAGAUAUUUUUGUGGUUUCAUCAAGUCUCAGAUAAGCUCAAAGAAAUGACGAAACGUGAGACUGACAAACUGUUGUAUCUGCUUUGCUCUGUGUCAAAACGAGGCAGCUAAAAAAAAAGUGCAUUCAUUCGAUAGAAAAAAGGAUUUGUCUGUUUCUUUGAGUCUUUCUUUCAUCAUUGAUGGCUAACCGACUUCUGUGGCCCAGACGAAGAAUCAGUCGUGAACUACAAUCAGCUUCUAGUCGAUCUGUAGAGUUGGUUCAUUAGCUGUGACCUGAAGUAAGUGUUCAAACCAGACGCCCCGCUAUUCCUACAGGUGAAGUAACAAUAAGCACCACCCGGGGGAAACCCGGGGUUCAAAACCUGCUUUAUACCAGGUUAGGUUCACAGACUCAGUUACCAUAGUAACGGACUCAGCUAAAGUAGCGGUCACAUGCAUAAGGUCUAUUAUCGUUACUGAUCUUAGAGAAUAAAGGUCACCACCCCCUCCCACUCGAUCGAGGUGAAUCUCCUUUAUUUUUACAAAGCUGCAGAAUCUCUUUGUAAAAAAAGGCGUUUAAAGUAAUGAGUGCUGUCCAAUAAAAGGAACGGACUACAUAAGGCAGAACUCUGAAAACAAGCACCACACGUAUUAUCAUCCUUUUAUUUCCUCGUGAUGCUCGAGAGAAGCAGACAUCUUGUCUCAUGAACAUGGAGUACCAGUCUUUGUAAUCCAUCUUCAGUUUGUCGGUCUUGAUUAAGAUGCUUCAUGAUGCAGCUCGCAACGUUUAAAGUGAAAACUGAGAUCAUUACUGACGUCGCCAUGACUCUCCUUUGUGUCUUAUUUCCUCCUUAAGUGGUCUCUGAGGUUUCAGACGUCUGUACCAGUCUCCUGUUAGACCAGAUUUCAGAUUAGGAUCAUCCGCUGAUCCUCGACUCUGUACGUUACUAACAAGCACACAAGAGGAAAUACUUGGAUUUAUCAUUGGAUGAAGCACUUCAGAGGUUUCAUCAGAGAUUCUGCCAUGUUGUUAUUUUUUAUGCUCUGAACGUUGACCAGGACAAAUCUCCCGUUGAAGACGUAGCUGUGAUGUCAUGUUUAAACACUUAGAGAGGUCGUGUGUGUGUGUUUUAUAUUUUAUAAACCGUUCUGAGAGUCCAGCCACUGUACUGUAUGUCGCAGUCAGCCAACGUUAGGAGCAGUUAUGAUGAUAGACGAGGACGUUAGUGGAGAAAUGUUUAAUGAACUUUUUGUAAGAUUUUGAUACUGUAGCACACAUUGUGAGAAUCGUAGCACGUUAUUGUUUGGUCCGACUAAAAAUGAAUUCUGUUAUGUUGUUUUUUUUUUGUACAGCAUUUGUGCCAUGCUGGUCUGUCAUCAGAGUACGGACAGUCAGAGGGGACAAAAUACUUUUAAUUCAUGUGACAACCACGUUAUAUGAUGCUGUAUUAAUUAGGGCCACUGUGGGGUAAAUGAAACAUAGAGGUAAUGUUUCUGUUGGAUUUAAUGUCAGAGUUUGUUUUUUUUUUCUUCUCAAGUUACAGUUGAGAAACAAUUUGAAAUAUUUUUCUUGUAAAAUUUACACAAGUUUCUUUUUUUUAGUUCUCUCAACAAUAAAUGACUUGAUUAAACUGGAUUCUUCUUUUUUAAUGACAGUUAUUGAAGGUGGUGAAUUUUUGUUUUAAU